AGCUGACGAGGGAGCGAGGGGGGGGGCAGAGAGAGACUGUGAGCUGCUCGGUGAAGGCCUCACAACUCGGUCCCUGCUUCAUCGCCCGACACCACUUCAGUCUGUGCUGCUCACCGGGGGGGAACAGCGAGGAACCAGGAGGAAGCAAACAUGAUGACCCAGGAACAGUGCACUCAUAGGAACAAUGUCCAGAGUUCAGAGAAACCACAAGUGUACAAAGUGGGAAUAUACGGCUGGAGGAAACGCUGCCUUUACUUCUUCGUCCUGCUGCUGAUGAUCCUGAUCCUCAUCAACCUGGCGCUGACCAUCUGGAUCCUCAAGGUCAUGAACUUCACCAUAGACGGAAUGGGGAACCUCCGAAUCACAGAGAAGGGCCUGAAACUGGAGGGAGACUCCGAGUUCCUCCAACCUCUCUAUGCCAAAGAAAUCCAGUCCAAGCCAGGCCGCCCGCUGUUCCUGCAGUCGUCCAGAAACGUGUCCAUCAACAUCCUGGGCAGCAACAACCAGCUCCUCACGCAGCUCGUCACAGGAGCCCACGGAUUUAAAGCGCAGGGGAAGAUGUUUGAAGUCAAAUCCACCGCCGGGAAACUCCUCUUCUCCGCCGACGAGCAGGAGGUGGUGGUGGGCGCCGAGCGGCUCAGGGUGAUGGGAGCUGAAGGAGCCGUGUUCACCAAAUCAGUGGAGACGCCACACGUCAGAGCCGAGCCUUCCAAAGAGCUGCGGCUGGAGUCUCCGACGCGCUCCCUGAUCAUGGAGGCUCCUAAAGGGAUCCAGAUCCUGGCCGAGGCCGGGGACAUCCAGGCCAUCUGCAGGAACGAGCUGCGCCUGGAGUCCAAAGACGGAGAGAUUUCUCUGGACGCCCGUAGGAUCCGCCUGAUGGGGUUGCCGGAGGGGAAGGCCUCCACCAGCUCCUCGUCCUCCGGGACAAGGCAGACUGUCUACGAGGUGUGUGUCUGUCCCAACGGGAGGCUGUUCCUGUCCCAGGCCGGCACCGGAUCCACCUGCCAGAUCAGCAACAGCGUCUGUCUCUAGGACUGAACCACAGAGACAUGAGUGGACACAGAGGACGGACACGCAUCGCCUCCUCUCGGACUGAUUCAACACAAACACAGACACACACAGAGACUUCCAGAGCGGAUGAACAGUCACAGAUACUGGACCUCCACAGAGACACUCAUGCUACAAUCACAACACAACAGACCGAUGUUUAGGCUCAACUGAACCGUUUUAAAGAAACACAACCGAACAUUUUGAACUUUGUGCCAAUAUUUCAACGCUAAAAAGAUUUUAUAUGAGAGAAGCAGGCUUUGAAAGGGCGUUCGGAGCUUCAUGGGACAUUCCACCUCUCCUCCUGGUCUCAUCCACGGCUCAGCUCUUUGUACACACACUCAAUCAGAACAAGACCACUUUUAAACUGAAUCCAAGGGAGACAAUACAGGUUUUAACAACUUUUUAAUACAAAAAUACAGUGAUCAAGUGAUUAAGUGACCCAAACAGUCAACAUGACACAUACAAAGACACACAAACACACACACACAACAGAUAUGUUCACACACACACACUCACUCUUUGCUCCGGGUGGAAACCGAGAGGAAAAUUACACAAAGACCGAUCUGUUCCUUUCUCUCCCUCAAAAACUGUUCAGAACCAGAAUCAUUAGGGUGAUCACCUCCUCCUCUCCUCCUCCUCCUCCUCCUCCUCCUCUUCCUCCUCCUCACCUCUUCUUCCUCUUUUCCUUCGUUUCUAAUGUGGUACAAUUUAUUAUUUAUUAUUAUGCCGACUACUGACGAUGCCAUGGUCACGUCAUAUCACAUUUCACUUGAAUAUUCAAAUUAGCAUGAUGGGAAUUAUUUGAUUUGAAAUGCAUUUGAAGGACGGGACAGUCUAAUCAAUGGUCACUCCCACCCCCCCCCCCCCACCCUGCUAUCCCCUAAUGCCCUGAGAGGCCAUUUAAUUGCCAGUUAAUGUUAAACGUUAACUGGUUCAGUGAGUCUUUAUCUUUUUGCUUUUUGAGAUAUGACAUGAACAUGGCGCCACUGACUUCAAACAAACUUCAGCUCAUAAGACGGAUUUAAGUUUGUGUGAUGACUGCUUUCUUUGUCCGUCCAUGUGUCCUCCUCCAUCAACUUCCUGCCGUCCUGACCACGAAGAAGAAGACACCCUCUGGAUUCUCUCAGACGAACUGGACGAAUGUCUUCAAUGUCCUCCCUGUGCUGCUCGGACCGGGGUGAUGCUCACCCUUCUGAUUUCUUGCACUGGGACAUUUUUCAAACAACCGCUCUACUGCGAGCCGCUCUGUUGAAAGAGGGGAACUGUGCCUGUGCCUUAUGUCGACGCACUCGUGGCAAGAAGAAGCACAUCACACAGACGAUCUCUGGUUUCAGUCUCAUCCUCGUUUCCAUCGUCUCCUUCAGUCCCACUGCAGCUUCCAUCCCCGGCUGUGGGCAGCUGAUUCUGGAAAACCGUGUGAAACUCCCCUUUUCUGAAUGAACCACCCCAGUUCGCCCAGUUUGAUGCACUGCUUAUUUUUCCUUUUCAUGAACAACUCUCCUGUGUGGCAACAUGUGUGUGUUGCUGUGAACUUGUGAACCUGUGGAGUUAAACAGGCACUGAUGGGUCUGAGCGCCACUAAUAAAAAUCACUUGGCCAAAAAACAUGUCCUUCAGUUUCC